AUGACGACUGUGUACACCAAAAAACUCAUUUGGAAGGAAAACCCUAUGAGUAUAAUCAAAGUUAUAAAGCCUUUGCAUGUCCCACUUAUCUUCAAAUAUAUAAUAGACGUCAUACUGGAGAGAAACCCUAUGAAUGCAAUCAGUGUGGUAACCUUUGCGCAUAAAAGUCAUCUUCUUACUCAUCUAAGAAGUCAUACUGGAGAGAAACCCUAUGGCUGUAAUCAAUGUGGUAAAGCCUUUUCACUGAAGAAGAAUCUUCUCUGUCAUCAAAGAAGUCAUACUGGAGAGAAACCCUAUGUAUGUAAUCAAUGUGGUAAAGCUUUUGCAGAGAAGUAUAAGCUUCUCAGUCAUGAAAGAAUUCAUACUGGAGAGAAACCCUAUGCAUGUAAUCAAUGUGGCAAAGCCUUUGCAAGGAAGAGUAAUCUUCUUAGUCAUGAAAGAAUUCAUACUGGAGAGAAACCCUAUGCAUGUAAUCAAUGUGGCAAAGCCUUUGCAAGGAAGAGUAAUCUUCUUAGUCAUGAAAGAAUUCAUACUGGAGAGAAACCUUAUGAAUGUAAUCAAUGUGGUAAAGCGUUUGCACAGAAGAGUCAUCUUCUCAGUCAUGAAAGAAAUCAUAGUGGAGAGAAACCCUAUGAAUGUAAUGAAUGUGGUAAAGCCUUUGCACAGAAGAGUAAUCUUCACAGUCAUGAAAGAAGUCAUAGUGGCGAGAAACCCUAUGGAUGUAAUCAAUGUGGUAAAACCUUUGCACAGAAGAGUAGUCUUCAAAGUCAUGAAAGAAUUCAUACUGGAGAGAAACCCUAUGCAUGUAAUCAAUGUGGUAAAGCCUUUGUUCAGAAGAGUAGUCUUCAUAGGCAUGAAAUAAUUCAUACUGAUAAGAAACCCUAUGAAUGUAAUCAGUGUGGUAAAGCCUUUGCAGCAAAGAAGAAUCUUCUUGGUCAUGAAAGAAAUCAUACUGGAGAGAGGCCUUAUGAAUGCAAUCAGUGUGCUAAAUCCUUUGCACUGAAGAAGUAUCUUCUCAGCCAUGAAAGAAUUCAUACUGGAGAGAAACCUUAUGCAUGUAAUCAAUGUGAUAAAGCCUUUGCAACAAAGAGUCAUCUUCUUAGUCACAAACGAAUUCAUACUAGACAGUACCAUAUGGAUGUAAUCAAUGUAGUAAUUUCAGAAGUGAGCUGCCAUGUGGGUGCUGGAAACUGAACUGUGUUUUCUACUCUUGCUGGAGUCCAGGUUCAUAGGGGUUCAGGUCCCAAAGAGGAAAUCAGGUGUCAGCAAAGGAAGGAGCCUGCCAUAUCUGAGAGUGAAUCCGGGACAGCUGCUGCUUUGUUGAAAAAGACCACCUUUUAUACUCUAUAAAUGAACAUUAGUGUUGCUGGAGUUUUUCUUUCUAGCUGGUCCUACCGCCCUUUCAGUCCCAACAAAGCAUACAGAUGCUAUAUUAGUUACAAAACUGUUGGCCAGUAUCUAGGGCUUCUUAUUGGCUAGCUCUGUCUUAAUUAUUAACCAUAACUACUGUUCUAUGUAUUUCUACAUGGCUUUAUCUUACCAGAGAAUGCCUGGCACGUCCUAUCCUCCCUGUCUCUACAUGUUGUCUCUUCAUGGUCUUUCUAUGCCUAUUUUUCCCAGAAUUUUUGUCUCCUAGUCUCGCUUAUCUUCCUGCCUCUAUUGGCCAAACAGUGUUUUAUUUAUCAACCAAUAAGAGAAACAUAUAUACAGAAGGAUAUCCUCCAUCUCAUUAGUUUAGACUCAAGCAAGACUGAAAGCAGACUUAAUGAUUCCAGGAUGAAAACAGCUGUCAAACUCAUCACAUUUUCCUGAGGCAAAAAGUGAUAAAUUUAGCAAGUAUCUAAAUGCCUCUCUGGAUGUAAGCCCAUUGUUUCCUUUCAUAGUGUGCUUUCCUCCUUGAGAUUAGGUGUGUCCAGUUAGUAAAUCUUUAAGAUCUUUAUCCUUGGUGCAAUCAAGAGGACACAAUGGGGAUUCUUGGGUGGGAGUAGGCAUGGCUAUCACACUAUGUGUUUCUGUGGUGGUAGACUUUUUUCCCCCAAGAAUUUUAAUUAAAGCGACUGCCAUUGUUUAUAUCCCCAUCCUCCACUGAAGCUUGCAAAGAAUUUCCCACAGGAAAAUGCUUAAGGAAACUUUAUAACAUAUAGUGUGUGGUAAGUAUUGGAUCCCCAGUUAUUUGGUAUCUUUUACUGAUACUAUAAGCCCAAUUAAACCAAAUUAGUAAGACCAGAUUUAAUAGCAAAGCAGAACAGAGAACUCCCCCGGUGACUCUCAGGCAGGAGAGAAAUCAUGGCAGGUCUGACACCAGGUCUUAAAUACCCUGUAGGCAUGGUCUUGAGCAACUCCAAGGGAGGAGCUGACCCUUGGUGGGCUUUCUUAGGGCUUUCCAGACUCUCUGGGUAUGUGGGUGCUGGGUUAAGUCUGGCUACUUCUUGCAUGCCUGGGACAAUGUGGGGAGGUGAGUGUGCAUGGGCUCAUGCUCAGUGGGAAGUAUGGGUCAAGAAGCUUUGGUUAACUUCCACUCUGGAGACCUCAGGCACCUGUUACUUGCAGCAGAAAAGGCAGGUUGCUAGGAUUGAAAAAUCGAUUAUUAAUACUGGUCCUAUGAAUGGGGCUAGCCACGGGAAGAGGGAAGACUUCCAGGAAUGAUGGAACAGAGAAAUGGCCUGGUUAUAUGAAAGAGACAUGGGUAGAUGAACAGUACAGGAGAGCAGAUAUGCCCUUCAUUGGGACAUUUGGAAAGCCAGGUCCCAGUUUCUGGAUAGGUACCCUCUUGAGCCUGGAGAGGUGGUACCAGCAUUGAAAUCCCAGGAGCCUGGGGAGAUGGCACACCAAAUUGAGGGAUGACAUGUUCUUCAGGAACACCUGAGCCAUCACAUCUGCUGUUUCUCUGGAAGUAGGAAAUGCCUCCAUCUAUCCUAUAAAAGUGUCAACAAGUUAGGAGAUAAUGGAGUUUUUUAGGAGUGGACAUGUGGGUUAAGUUAACCUGCCAGUUCUUACCUGGUUGGUAUUCUUGAAGAUGGUGCAAGGGCCCCUGCGGGUUGGGCUUGACACUUUUCUCAGGAACUUGCAGGUAUUGGAGAGAGAGAUAGGGCUGAGGAUGCUGGAGAAUUAAGAUCUGCAAUGCCGAAAUGCUGGAACUUUAUCAUACAGCAAUGGUUGCCAUACAAUCUAUGCCAAGUACUAAACUGCUAAACCAUCUCUUACCACUUUUUCCUUUAAGAUUUAAUUAGUUAUUAUUGUCUUUGUGCACAUGCAUAGUAUAGUUUGAAAUCAGAUGACAACCUGUGGAAGGAACCCAGUUCUCCCUUUCUAUCAUUUGGGUCCUAAGAACAAAAUCACAUCCAUCAGUCUUGGCUGUAAGAACCUUUACCUGCUGAGCCAUGCCAUAAUGUCCACUGAGCCCUGAUAAUUUUUGUUAAUCAUUGUUUUGGGGCUUUAUUUUUAAAAUAGGCUCAUGAAAUGUAGGCUGAUCUUAAACUCAUGACCUUUCUGCUUCCUCCUCCUACUGGGGUGACAUGUUUCACUACCAUGCUGUUUCUGCUGAGGCCUUGUGUAUGCUUGAGCAAGCAUUCUAUUCAAUGAGGGCCAUCUGAUAUGAGAACAUUCAUGUAGCUGAGUUGUUCAUAAGCAGGUCCACACUGAGCCCCUGUCCCAAAAAGAAACAAAAAUUGCAAACAAAUGAAAGCUUCUGUUAAAAGAAAUUGUAUGUGUGUUUUGAUAUAGAGUCUGUCUCAGUUGCCUAGGCUGGCCUAGAACUCAUACUGUAGCCCUUGAAUUCUGCCCCUUGACUUUAGUCGCCUAAGUACCUGGAGAACAGGGCUGGACUACUGAGUGGGCAAGGCAGAGCACAGAGAGGCUUAAUUAUGUGUCUGGGGACACACCACUAAUUGCCAGAGGUGUAUGACAGGAUCAGAAUGUUCUUAGGGUCAGUUUGGAAUCCAGAACCUUCCUUGAGGUGGAAUACCUUAGUUUAGUGUGGAAGGAUGGGAAGAAGGCCUGGACCUAAUCUUUUUUUGGGGUCUAAAUGUCCAAGGAGUCUUAUGUGGGCUAAGGCCACAAAUGCAGUGUAAGGCAUAUACACUAUUGAGGCCCACCUGGUCUUGACUCUGCUAAAGCUUCACUGGCCUCAUAGAGGGCAAGUGGACAUGCCAGGGCCAAAGCUGUGCCUAGGAGUUCCUGGACAAGGACAAGGAGAAUGAUAAAAAGGAGCUUUCCCUUAUUGUUGAGGCACACUAAGCUGUGAUUACAAAAUAAUUGAAGAAUCUCUCACUUCUCAUGUGAGAAACUGAGGCACAGAGCAAGAGAUUCUUGGUUAGAGCAGUUCUGGGUAUUGAUGCUCCAACUGGUUAUUGAAACCAUGGUAAGAAAUCUGGUACACAUACAUCCCUCUUAAUAGGCACAGGGAAGUGAAGCCACUUUCACAAAGUCACAAAGCAGUAAAAUGGUUCAUAAGCCAGGAUUUGAACCCAAGUUUCCCAUGUGUAUGUACCCUAAUAAAGCUUUUAAGAUUGCA